UUUCAGAAAUUCCAAAAAAAAAAAAAAAUACAUUUCCAAAUCUCUUCCUUGUGCGACAGUGAGAAUGAGUAAUUCGAAUUCAUCGCCGGCACAUUCGUCGAUAUCGACGACAGCGAUAGCCGGAGAAAGAGAACGAAGCAAUUCCAAUCCUGCCGCCGCCGCCGCUCUCUCCGACGACCUCUUCUUCCCCUCCGACCUCAUUUCCAUUCAAGAUCGCAAACAAGAAGCAUUACUUGUUAUAAAAUCCGAUCUUAUGGAUGCACUUAACAAGGUGGUUAAAUCCCUUGAAGAAGAUAAUUGGAUGUUCGAAGGGCCGCGCCAUCGCGUUAUCCCUAUAUCAAGACAAGGCGGUUUUCUCCAGAAGCACAAGGAAGCAUCAAAUAAAUGGAAUAUGGCACCACCAAAAUGAUUUUCAGCCAGGAAGGAUAAUGCGUUCUUGCAUAUGUAUGAUGUUAACUAGCAUGAGGGCUCCUGGAUUGCUGCUUUGGUACAUGAUUACAAACAUUUUGGGUUUUCUUCUGUCUGUUUGGCAAAUGAGUCAAUAUAUGAGAAGGCAAAGCAAUUUGGUUGUCAUUCUAAGAUUUCUAUAGCCGACUCCACUUAGUGGGAUAAUGUUCUAUUGUUGUGUCAAACCCGAAUGGGCAAGCUCUCGAAUGUCACUACUAUGCAGUUGUAUCUGAUAUGAAAUCAAAAUACAAUACUGAGAAUUGCAAUGUUGGCAAAAAUUGAAUAUACUAUUGGCCUUUUACUUUUUAUCA